AAAAACUAUGUGAAAAUAUCUAAGUGAGAGACUGUAGAAGACCUAGAGGGAGAACCUUGUACGGACAUUAUUCAUCAUCUUAAGCUUAUUCGUGAUCGACACACUCAGGUGCAAGAUAAGUUAUGUGAUGGGUGACCUCAAGAAAGGAAGGAGACCUUGUCGAUGCCCAUUGCCCAUAGGCCACCAGUCAACUAAGUUUUUACAGGAUCUAAGAGGAAUCAUUGUAUCAUAUUUAAGAGGGCCCAAGAGAGAGCGUAUGAGAGAGACUGCGAAGAGCAAGAAGAAGAAGAAGAAGAAAGGAGAAUUAAUGGAGCAGGGAAGUACCUUCGAUCUGAACGUCCUUCCCGAAGAAUGUAUUUCUAACAUUCUAUCCCUCACAUCUCCUCAAGAUGCGUGCAGGUCGUCGGUUGUCUCUUCGUUUUUACGAUCGGCGGCUGAUUCUGACUUAGUGUGGGAGAGGUUCUUACCCUCCGAUAUCCACCGGAUCCUCUCCUCGUCAUCAUCUGUCUCUCGGUCUCUACCGUCUUUCUCGUCUAAGAAGGAACUCUUUCUCCAUCUCUGUCAUAAUCCCCUUCUCAUCGACAGAGGCACUAAGACCUUAUCAUUGGAGAAACACAGCGGGAAGAAACGUUAUAUGAUUGGAGCAAGAGCGCUUUUCAUUAGUUUGAAUGGUGAUACAACACAUUAUCAGAAAUGGAUACGCCACCCCGAAUCCAGGUUUCCAGCGGUGGUUGAAGUCAUGUGUAUAUAUUACCUGGUAAUUCGUGGCAAGAUGGAGACACGACUGCUGUCUCCAAACACAACGUAUGGAGUUUACCUGGUGCUUAAGUUCAAUGACAGUGGCUACGAGUUCGAGCCACUUGCAGAAGUCUCAGUCAAAUUGGUUAGUGGUACUACUGGUGUUGGUGAUGCUGAAGAGGGAGAAGUGAAGUCUGUCUAUUUGAAUCCCGUGAAGCCUAUGUAUUCGAUUACUGAAGGGAGACACAGGCGGAAGGGUGGUGUUAAACGGGGAAUAUUUCGGCUGUUUCCAUGGAGCCGCCGCAGCCACGGCCGCAUGGUAGAAGACGUGGUGGAUCCACAACCGGAGGGACAAGUACCUAAGGAGAGAAGGGAUGGCUGGAGGGAGAUAGAGAUGGGCCAGUUCUUUAAUGGAAGUGGCGAGGAUGGGUUGGUGGAGAUGAGUCUCAUAGGGGUCAGGAAGGAUACGACUCUGUUUCUUAACGGGUUUCCAGCGGUGGUUGAAGUCAUGUGUAUAUAUUACCUGGUAAUUCGUGGCAAGAUGGAGACACGACUGCUGUCUCCAAACACAACGUAUGGAGUUUACCUGGUGCUUAAGUUCAAUGACAGUGGCUACGAGUUCGAGCCACUUGCAGAAGUCUCAGUCAAAUUGGUUAGUGGUACUACUGGUGUUGGUGAUGCUGAAGAGGGAGAAGUGAAGUCUGUCUAUUUGAAUCCCGUGAAGCCUAUGUAUUCGAUUACUGAAGGGAGACACAGACGGAAGGGAGGUGUUAACCGGGGAAUAUUUCGGCUGUUUCCAUGGAGCCGCCGCAGCCACAGCCACGGCCGCCCGGUAGAAGACGUGGUGGAUCCACAACCGGAGGGACAAGUACCUAAGGAGAGAAGGGAUGGCUGGAGGGAGAUAGAGAUGGGCCAGUUCUUUAAUGGAAGUGGCGAGGAUGGGUUGGUGGAGAUGAGUCUCAUAGGGGUCAGGAAGGAUACGACUCUGUUUCUUAACGGGUAUACCAGUAUCUUCGUCCAAGGCAUUGAGGUCAGGCCCAAAGAGAACCAUUGAAUCUAUAUGACCACGUUUGAUUGACUUGGUCUUACUUUCCUGAAGAUAUUUUGAUCGCAUUUAACACCAUUUAGAGAUAUGAACCUGUUUGAUCGUACCCUAAUCGCUUUAUAAUGACAAAUGUAGCUAAAUAAAAAAAUAAUUGAACAUAAAGGAAAAUGUAUCUUCUGAA